CAACUGCGAAGAGGAGGGUCCUCUACUACUAGUCCUGCUGAUAGACUCCAUGACUCAUCCCCCACCCAGGCCUUUUCCUCAACGCUGAUCCGAGAUCGGACACGCACUCGCUCCUUUUCUCGUGCUCUUGUUUCGGCGUUGAGGACGACCACGCAAACGCUGACCUUUGCUCGUCCCCCCGAAGUGGUACCGACCACUGCCGUCUACUCGUUCUCUCUGGCUGACCAAAGGACUAUUCUCUGUCGGGGCGUCCGUAUCCGCUUCACACUCGAUUCUUUUAUCUUCUCAAUUUUCUUUCCGUAUCGUUCGUCUCUGCAGUUGCCCAGCACUUGCAUAAGAAGAGCAGCUUUCUCUUGUCUCGCAACUGCGACCUGCACCAAUCCAUCAUGACAAAGCCCUCAAGCUCUCGCCACUCUCACGAAGGCGUGACUGCAUCGACGACCUUUGACAACAACAACACAACAACACCACCCUCGCCCACAAGAACCGUAACGGCUGGUAGCGAAGACGACGAACAGAAAAAGGAUGCCAUAGCUGCCUCUCGCGACGAUGGGGGUGUCGACGUCGUAGGCCGGCUCGAGCGUGGACAAGGUGACAGCCACGGCGGUGAUGACUCUUCGAAAGCUCAACAGCCAAAGGCGACGCAUUGGCUGCAAGAGACGGAGCACGUCAUCCCAAAGAACAACCUCUGGAUCGUGUUUUCGGGUUUGAUGUUCUCCGUGUACCUCACGGCAAUGGACCAGACAAUUGUCUCAACUGCGCUUCCUACGAUCGCCGCCAAGCUACACUCGGGACCAAGCUCCUACUCAUGGGUCGGCAGCUCAUACAUGCUCACUGCAACGGCGACAAUUCCUUGCUACGGUCGUCUGUCGGACCUGACGGGUCGCAAGCCGGUUCUCUGGUUCGCCAUCACCGUCUUCCUCCUCGGCUCGGCUCUGUGCGGCGCGGCGCAGAACAUGACGUGGCUCAACAUCUGCAGAGGCCUCCAGGGCGUUGGAGCCGGUGGUGUCGUUGGCCUCACCAACAUCCUUGUUGGUGAUUUGGUGCCGUUGAACAAGCGUGGCACAUUUGCGGGUCUCUUUGGAACAACGUGGGGAUUGGCUUCCGUCACGGGUCCCAUCAUCGGCGGUGCCAUUGCGGACAACACGAGCUGGCGCUGGUGCUUCUUCAUCAACCUUCCCAUCGGUGGGUUGGCCUUUGCCAUUCUCUUCUUUCAUCUCCACCUUAAUCCGACGCCCCCACGCUCGCUCCGCCAAUAUUGGCGCGAGUUCGACAAGAUCGGUUACCUUCUUAUCCUCAUUGCCAUCGUCGUUUUCCUUCUUGGCUUCGCUUCCGCAGAGACGGACGGCUUCAAUGCGCCCAAGACGGCCAUUCUCAUCGCCGUCGGAGGCGCCUUCUUUCCCAUCUUUGUCGCCUGGGAGUUCUACGCCGAAAAGCGCUGGCCGCACGUCAAGGCUAUCAUCCCGCCGAGGCUUUUCCGGACGAGAACCACGCUCCUCGUCCUUGUCCUUGUCUUCUGCCACGGUGCGCCUUUUUUCGCCAUGACCUACAUGCUCCCCGUCUAUUUCCAGGCUAUCCACGGCUCGACGUCGACAAUGUCUGCCGUUCAAAUGCUUCCCUUCUCCCUCGUCGCGUCGGUCACAUCAGUGCUGAGCGGCCUUAUUGUAACAAAAACAAAGGCCUACCGCCCUGUUCUUUGGGUGUCGUAUGCGAUCUACACGCUCGGCAUGGGCCUCAUGACAAUGCUUGACGCCAACACGUCGACGGCGCUUCAGGAGAUCUACAUUCUCAUUCCCGCCAUUGGACUCGGGUGCAUCUUUCAGACGCCCCUCAUUGCAUUGACGGCCGCGAUGCCUGCGUCGCAGAUGGCGACAUCGACAUCGGCCAUGGCCUUGACCCGCAAUGCGUCUGGCACAAUCGGCAUCACCGUGGCCGGCAGCAUCUUCAAUUCCAACGUGCUCCAGCGCAUUGCCAAGAUUUCAGGCUACAAUGUACCCGGAAACAACCCGUCAUCGAAUCUGAGGGACCUCGUACACAUCCAACCGGCCGAUCUCAGAACGGAGGUGAUUGACGCCUACGCGCAGGCCCUCCGGCUCGUGUGGAUCAUCUUUACGCCCAUCGUGGGCAUCGGCUUCUUGGCUACGUUGGGCAUGAAAGGGUACAGCCUCAACCGCAAGACAGUCAAUCACAACGAUGCUGAGAAAAGUGGACAGAAGCCUGGGGACAUUGAGGCAGCGUCCGGACGGGCGGAUGCUGUUGCCAUCAUGGCCGCCGAGGGACCUGCGGCGGGCCAGGGCGCAUCGGAAGAGGCGCCCAUCAAAGACCUCGAAAAGGACCUGGCCUUUAGUGGGUCCGAGUCCACAACAAAAGAUGAAGGAGCAGCAAAGGACAGGUUGUGAGCAGAGACAGCGACCGACAGCUCACCAUCUCUCCUUCCUGGCCUUGCAUGCUUUGUAAACAUCACUAUUGUUACCUUAUUCAUCUCAGCUCUGCCCAGAUACAUGUGAAACUAAAGUGCAGUACAACUAGACAUCUGUAUUUGUGCCUGCUUGGCCUGUCAGUCUUGCCAGGUGCGCCU